AUGCAGAAGGUAUUCCGGCGCACCAUACUAGCAGAGAAGCAAGUGGCUCGACGAGCGACGAAGCGAACGCAGAAAAAGCUGAGGGACAAGUGGAGCAACCAGCGAGACCAGAACAAUUACCACCGCAAGGAUGAGAUCAAGACCAUAAAGGAUGCGAGGCUCGCACGGAGAGAGGAUUAUGAACUGGGUCCUCUGGCGCCAAGGAGAGAUGUGGGAACGAAUAAGGAUACGUAUGGAACUGUGAGCUUGACGCGAAUGCAUGGUCGGCCUCUGCACGGAAAGGAGAGAUCAGACAUUUUGGACUUCUGGGGAGGCAAGUUCUUGAAUAUUCAGGUCGGGGACAGAGUUGUCAUUUUGGAGGGACGGGAUAAGGGGAAGAUCGGAAAGAUAAAGGAUAUCAAUACCAAAUCUGCAGAUUGUACGAUUGAGGGAUUGAAUAUGAUGGAUAUCCACCUCCCGGCCUACGCACUCAGCGCCGAAGAUCCAGACCAACGCCCCCUCCGCUCCAUUGAGCAACCCAUCUCCCUUAAAUCGGUCCGUCUCGUCACCCCUCUCAAAGACGCUGAAACGGGCGUCGUCCGCGACGUAAUUGUCAAAGAGGUCACCCGCAGCAACAUCUGGUUCAACAAACGCGGGGGCUGUACAUGGACGCGCAAAAUCCCUGGCCUCAACAUCGCCAUUCCUUGGAACAAAACCAAGCCUAAGACCUAUGAUGACUAUGCGGGUGAUACGAUGCGUCUGGAUGUGGAGAGAAAGACGUUCGUGCCGAGUCUUUUGACACCGCCGAUGCCAAAUACUGUUAUCGAUGAGUUGAGGAAUCGGUACUCGAUUUUUAGGACGAGGCAUGAGCCAGAAUAUAUCGAGAAGAAGCAGAGGGAGGAGGAGGAGAAGCAGGAGAGGAAGAAAUCCGUGAAGAAGAUGCGAACGCCUCUGAAUGAAGCCAAUCGCAAGGCGAGGAAGGAGAGAAAGAAGUUGGGUAAGGGCAAACUUACGCCCGAAAUGCUGGAGAAGAUUGGGCAAGUGAUUGCUAGCAAGAGAAACUUGACCUUAGAGGCCGUAGGUGUGUCCAAGGAGACGACUGAGGCGACCGAGUCAAUCACAGCGUGA